GGUUUGCGUCAUCCAUAGGAGAUUUGGCGCUUGUGACUUUCUCCUCCAGUCGAGGCUCUUUAUAAAGUAGGGAAGAAGAAGAAGAAGAAGAAGAAGAAGAAGAGUCAAAAAGCUUUGUCUGUUCGAACUCGAAGAGGAGUGUACCCCUGUUUUGGCUUGUAUCAAUGGCGGCUCUCGCGGCCUGCAGGAAGACCCGAGAAUUGUCUCGCCCUUGACUCUUCAAGCUUUGAUCGCGACCCUUGUCUUCAACCCCCUCUCGAGACAAACUCUGCAGUCGAAGCACCGGCUUUCGCAAUGCCUGGCGGUGGCGGUGGCGGUGGCGAGACGGACGGAGGUCGAGACGUUCCGGAGAAGGGGCUGGGGCCGGCUGGAGUCGGGAAGGUGGAGGUGGAGGUGGAGGAGGCGGCCGCCGGGGGCGAGGGCCGGGCGUCGUCUCCGAGAGGCGUCCUGGAGAUCCCGUCCCUCGGCUCCGACUCCGAUCACAGCAGCAGCAGCAGUAGCUGCAGUAGCUCGUCGUCGUCUUCGGCGGCGGCGGCGGCCCAGAAGCCGACGGCGGCGGCUCAGAGGCUGCACUGGGGGGGCGUGCUCGACGCGUGGAGGAGGCGGUCGACGAGGAGGCUGCUGCUGCUGACGAGUCCUCCCGCGGAGGCGAGGGCCGACGCGUGCCCCUUCGAUCCUUCUUCGCGAAGAGGAUCGAAGACGACGACCGCCACCGCGACGAAGGCGAAGAAGAAGAAGAAGAAGCUGCUCCGGAUUCGCAGCGCCGAGGACGGGAUCGAUCGCGGGGCUCUGAAUCUGCCGGCGUCGAAGCCCACUUGGCGGAGCUUCGACCUUGCAGAGCUCGUGGCGGCUACAGACAACUUCAGCCCUGAGAACUUGAUUGAAGGAGGGCACGCGGAGGUGUACAAAGGGCGAUUACCCGAUGGCCUGCUAGUAGCGGUGAAGCGAUUGAUCAAGAAAGAUAAGGAAGAAGAGACUAGGACUGCUGAUUUCUUGUCUGAACUGGGGAUCAUAGCCCACAUCGACCACCCAAAUGCGGCUCGGUUGCUCGGCUAUGGCGUGGACGGCGGUCUCCACCUUGUCCUCCAGUUCUCUCCCCACGGGAGCCUCGCUUCGGUACUUCACGGUUCAGCAGAGAGUCUUGAAUGGAAAAUAAGGUUUAAGGUUGCUGUAGGAGUAGCUGAAGGGCUGAAAUAUCUCCACUACAGUUGCCAAAGGAGGAUCAUUCACAGAGACAUCAAAGCCUCCAAUAUAUUACUCACCGAAGACUAUGAGCCCCAGAUAUCUGAUUUUGGAUUGGCAAAGUGGCUUCCUGAGAAGUGGGCUCAGCACGUCGUGUUCCCAAUCGAGGGCACAUUCGGAUAUUUAGCCCCAGAAUACUUCAUGCAUGGAAUUGUGGACGAAAAGAUUGAUGUCUUUGCGUUUGGAGUUCUGCUACUCGAGCUCAUUACAGGUCGCCGUGCUGUUGAUUCAACCCGCCAGAGCCUAGUUAUGUGGGCCAAGCCACUCCUUGACGUAAAUAACAUCAGAGGAUUGGCGGAUCCACGGUUGAAAGACGCUUAUGAUAUCGCAGAAAUGAAAAGAGCCACACUGAUGGCUUCAAUGUGCGUUCACUGCAUAUCCACCAUGCGUCCAGAUAUGAAGAAGGUUGUGCAGAUGCUCAAGGGUGAGGAUGGUGCUCAAGAGUGGAAGCAGAAAUCAGUAUCAGGAAGAGCACUUCUGUUGGAUGCCUGUGACCUGGAAGACUAUUCUUGCACUACCUAUCUCAAGGAUCUUAACCGGCACAUGCAGCUUCUUAUGCAAGAGUAAAUUGCUCAGUGCAUCGGCAUUUCUCGCAAUUACUUGUCAUUGCCAAGAAGAAUUCUUUGCAUGCGUCGAGGGUGAGAAUUAGCAAGUUGGCUAAUUGCUCAAUUCCUUUAAAAAUGUAAACACGAGCAUAACACCCCUCCUUUUUUUCUUUUUUCUUUUUUUCUUUUUCCUAGGGAGUGAAUUAUCGAAAAAGGCAUGUAAAAUGGGUGCUGGAAUACAGUCAAUAUGUAAUGUCUUCCCCCAUUGUCGUUACUUACUGGAAAUACCAAAGAUUCGAGUGACCA